AUGUCUUUCCGCGCCCUCUUCACCGCCGGCCUCGCCGCCUUCGCUCCCUUGGCCUCGGCCUACACCACUCCUAAGGGUGACCCUACUGGCAACGCCAUCUAUGAACCUGGUCUUAACAGCAUUGUCCCCGUCGGCAAGCCUUUCACAAUUACCUGGGAACCUGACACCAAGGGCACGGUCUCUCUUGUUCUUCUCCACGGUCCCUCCACCAACUGUGUACCUAUUCACACCAUUGUCGAGGGCAUCGACAACACUGGCAGCUAUGACUGGACUCCCGACACCAGUCUCGCUCCCAACAAGACAUACUACGGCAUUGAGUUGGUUGUUGACGGCACUGGACAGUACCAAUACUCGACCCAAUUCGGCAUUUCGAACGACGACUACAAGGAGUCUAGCUCCAGCGCAGGCGCAUCCACCGCAUCUGCUACCACAACCCCCAUGGUGAACAUCAAGACUCCCGUGUCUGCUCAAGCAGUCAGCGCCUCGGACGCCGUUUCCUCUGCCGCAUCUUCUGUCUCCUCCGUCGUCGCCAGCGCUUCCAGCUCUAUUGCAUCUCAAAUCUCGUCUGUCUCCUCCAGCUUUGCCGCCGGCAUGACUUCUGCUUCCUCUGCUGUUUCUAGCCACCACAGCUCUGCCUCUGGUGCUGUCUCCAGCGCCAUGAGCUCCAUGAGCACAGCCACCAAGUCUGCCAGCAACUCUGCUUCUUCGGCUUCCAAGAGUGCUUCCAGAUCUGCCAGCUCUGCCAGCUCUGCCAGCCCCGCUGCUUCUACUGGCGGUGCUGCUGCUGUUAACGCCGGCUUCGGCGGUCUUGCCUUGCCGCUGGUGUUGUUGCCA